UAUCACUCAAACCUCUCUCUCACUCUCUCUCUCUCACUCUCACUCUCUCUCUCUCUCCAGUGUGUUUGGUGAUGGGGGUUCAUGAGAUUUGUGAUGCUUUGCAUGACAUGAAGCCAGUGUUGUUAAUGGUGGCGGUUCAGUUUUCAUUUGCUGGGGUUAAUAUUUUCUACAAACUGGCGACUAAUGAUGGAAUGAACUCAAGGAUUAUUGUUGCAUAUCGCUUCAUUUUUGCAACCGCCUUCCUCCUUCCUAUUGCUCAUAUCAUUGAAAGGAAAGCCAGGCCAAAGCUCACAUGGAUGGUGCUCUUGCAAGGAUUUUUGUCUGGCUUGUUUGGGGGAUCAUUGUCACAAAAUUUGUACAUUCAAAGCUUAGCCUUGACAUCUGCAACAUUUGCUUCUGCCAUAGCCCAACUCAUCCCAGCCUUAACUUUCAUCUUCGCCAUCACCUGCAGGUUGGAGAGACUGAAUUUAAGAAGCAUAGCAGGGAAGGCAAAGGUGUUGGGAACAUUAAUGGGAAUUGGUGGAGCGAUGGUUCUGACAUUUUACAAAGGUAUGGAGAUCAACAUCUGGUCUACACAUGUUGACCUUUUGCAUAGUAGUCAGCAACAAAUCAACCACUUGGCAGCAUCAGCUCAUGCAGACGCCGGUAAUCGACUAUUGGGCUGCCUACUGUCCCUGGGGAGCUGUUUUGGCUUCGCUUUAUGGCUCAUUAUUCAGACUAAAAUGGGGGAAACGUACCCUUGCCACUAUUCAAGCUCUGCUCUAAUGUCGGCAAUGGGGUCAAUCCAGGCCGUUGGAUUUGCCCUCAUCAUGGAGAGGGACUGGAGCCAAUGGAAAUUAGGUUGGAAUAUUAGGCUUCUCACAGUGGCAUACGCGGGAGUUGUGGCCACUGGGCUAAGUGUGACAUGUAUUGCUUUGUGCAUACGCAUGAGAGGCCCCUUGUUUGUAUCUGUUUUCAACCCUCUUAUGUUGGUGCUUGUUGCCAUUGUUGGGUCUUUGGUAUUGGACGAGAAGCUGCACCUUGGAAGUGUGUUAGGAGCAGUACUGAUAGUGUUCGGCUUAUAUGCUGUGCUGUGGGGUAAGGGCAAAGAAAUAAACAAGAUGAGUCAAUCAGUGGCGCCCUCUGCAAGCUUUCAUCAUCAAGAUUCUGGAUCAAUUGAUAUUGUUAUAAUGCCUAAUGGCAUGAGCAGCAACAAUGAGGGCCUAACAAAUAAUAAUGCUCCAAAUACUGUAGAAGAAAGGAGGAUUUGAAGAAAACCCAGCUACAAUAAUGUGAUAACAAAAAUGUUAAUUAUUGUAAUGCUUUUGUAGGUAUCCCAAUUCCAAUUACCCAAAUAUUUGGGAGUUUUGGUAUUGUUCCGUGUAUAUAAGAUAUUGUAUAUAGAUCCAUCCCCUUCAAGUAAAUUUUUGGGGAGGUUAUAAAUAUAUGUAUGUUAAAUAUUUUUAUA